AUGGUGUCCACCGUCCAGGAAUCUGGCCCGAAGGUUGACAGCAAAGCUCGAGCAGAGGAGGUGUCCACCGCCGAGGAGACUGUUCCCGUUGGAACCGUUGUAAAGCUCACAAAGAGAGGACAGGUUCUUUUCUGCGUGAUACAGAUGACUGCAGGGAGCGGACAGGCGUCAUCCACAGAGCAGCUCCUAAUAGAGGCUAGUUCGUUUGAAAGUGUUGGCGCAUAUGCCGCUGCCCGUGCCACAGCGCAGAUUGGCACAGUGGUGGAGGCAGUCGGAACUCGGUGCCUUUCUCGGUCAGGAGUGCCGUCUAUUAUGGUCAGUGCUCUCAGAGCUCUUCCACAAGACGAUCCAUCAGCUGAUGGUGUUGCGGAUGCAUCUGAAGAGCCAGUUGUCCUGUAUGACAGCGGUGCGUAUUUGGCAACUUCCAAGUCGCCUGGCAUGCCUAUGUCUGUUCUCUCGGAUAAGGUUGGUGGUCUUAUCCCAGUGUGUUGUCUUGAUCAAGACGCCUCUGGAGUUGUUGUCUUCGCAAGGUCUGAGGAGGCUGCAUCUUUGUUGUGGGCUCAGAUGGGCGACAGCAACUAUGUGUCGAAUGAGUAUGUAGCCCUCGUUCGAGGAGAGCCGCAACGGGAAUUUUGGUCUGUGAACGCCUCCCUUACGGAGGUGUGCGAGGACAAGGCGCAGAAUCGUGGCGUCAACAAGUUUCCAGAUGCUCAAGUGAAGCGUUCUGCGAUGACGUCCUUCUGGUUAGUAAAGGUGUUGCCGACGUCGCGGGUCUCUUUGAUUCGUUGCCGCAUUGAUGUUCUUGGUGGUAUGCAUCAGAUUAGACGCCAUUUGCAAUCCUCUGGGCACAAUGUCAUCGGCGCGGUGGCGGACUUUAUGGCGAUGGCCAGCUGA